UCAUGUGAUGAUCCCAAGUAGUAUUCCUGAUCUGCAGGCACACAGUGAGGGUGAGUGGUGCUGCUGCUGCUGUCCCUGCGCCUGUCACUGCCCACCAAGGACAAGUAAAGGGUCAAGUUCAAAGCUGUGGGCAGUUUUCUCUGGGAUCUGCUGUGUUCCUGGACUGGCAGAGCCCCAACCCACUUUUGCCACGUUGCUUAUGCCGCUGGGACCUUCUCAGAAGCUCCUCUAGGAAUGGUGGAUCAUUUUCUUCUUAGAGAUGAGCGCUUUUCAACCAAUCCAUCUGCUGUUGGUUUCACCACCGACAUGUUAAUGGGUGGAAGGGUCUACCAGAUGUUGCCUUCCCCCACCUCGGAGGAUGAUAGUGACUCUUCCAGCUUUCGAUCCUGUUCCAGUCCGGACUCUCAAGUCCUAAGCUCCAGUUAUGGCAGCACAAGUAGCGCCGAAAGCCAGGAUAGCAUUCUAGACUACCUUCUAUCCCAAACUUCUUUGAGCAACACCUCAUUGUCUUGGUGGGACAAAAGAAAUCAACAGACAAUGGUCAAAGAGGAGUUCUUCAGAGUUCCGGAGUUUGGGGUGGAGUUAGAGGAGACACCAUUGUUUCAUCCCACCUUGGAUGAAAUCCAGGAGUUUCUGGAGGAAAAAAUGAACACAGACUUCAAGGCCGAAACUCAACAUGAGGUUAGAGAGCUGAGGAACUGUGGUCAUUUGUUUUCUGAGCAGCUCAAACAGACCCCUAUGGUGGUCACCAAUAACAUGAGAGAGGAUACAAAUGAGGAGUCCAAAAGCUUUUCACAAGAAGAGUCUAGCAGUAAAUGCUCAGGCACCCUCGCCGUGGAGGGCGGGAUACCGGUUAUACUUCAGAUCCAGCCCAUGGAGAUCAAACAAGAGUCAAACACCAGCCAGGCCUCACCAACACAGUUUCCAGAGAAUAUUAAAGUGGCCCAACUUCUUGUCAACAUCCAAGGCCAGACAUUUGCACUGGUCCCACAGCUGGUCCAGUCAAACUUGUCCUCUAAAUUUGUCCGUAUCGCCCCAGUACCCAUUGCUGCUAAACCCAUGGGCCCUGGAGGUGGAGCUCAGGGACAAUCUGGACACAUGUCGGGUCAGAAAUUCCAAAAAAACCCAGCUGCUGAACUGAUAAAAAUGCACAAAUGUUCCUUUCCUGGAUGUACCAAAAUGUAUACCAAGAGCAGUCAUCUCAAAGCUCACCUACGGAGACAUACUGGGGAAAAGCCCUUUGCUUGUACUUGGCCUGGCUGUGGUUGGAGGUUUUCCCGGUCCGAUGAGCUGUCCCGACACCGACGGUCUCACUCCGGGGUCAAGCCUUACCAGUGCGCCGUCUGCGAAAAGAAAUUUGCCCGCAGCGACCACCUGUCCAAACACAUCAAGGUGCACAGAUUUCCAAGGAGCAGCCGCUCUACCCGCUUAUCAAACUGAACGUAUCAGCGACCUGCGUAGAGUUGAAGCCCAAAGCACUUUGUCCAUCUCCCCAUCGUAACUUAUUGUGUGUAUUAAAAAAAAAAAAAGACCUUUUUCGGUUUCGACUGGACAGUUGUACUCCACAUUUAUUUAACAUGGCUGUGAAUGGAGCAUCCUGGAAGGACCAGGGAAUUCAUCUGCGCCACAUUCUGGAAGUUAACGGUUAUAUGGGAGGGGGAUAUUAAAUAACUUAAUUCCGUUAUUUUAUUUUUUUUCUCUUUUGAAGUCCAAUUAUUGGGUCAGUAAAUGUGUAUCUUUUAAAGUAUCUUCAGUUCAAAUAAUAAUUUAAUAGAACAUAAACUCAAAAUAUUUAAAACUGGUCACCACUUCAACCGGCCACUUUGUAUAGAAAUCACUUGUGGCUCAUAAAGUGUCCUCCCAGCAAAGGUGCUAAAUAUAGAGAAAAAUAGCAAUAUGUAUAUAUAAAAUGUGCAUUUAAAAAAAGGGCAGGUUUUAUAAAAGUUUGAUAUGCUUGGAUGUUUUUAAUGUGGCAAAAAAGAAAUUAUAGGAUUAUAUAUAA